GGCGGCGGGGGCGCGCGCCGGGUUGUCCGCUGUUGGGAGCCUAGCCCCUGGCCUGGGGCUGGGCGACCCUGGGGCGCCCUGUGCUCAGGUCUGGGUGACUAGGUUUGGGGAGGCAUCCCAGCCCACUAGGGAUGUCGGCUGUAGGUCUGGCUUGACUCUUCCAACCAUCUGCAGGCACCCCUGAGCCCGGGCCCUUCCCGGGGGGAUCCAUGGGUUCUGGGUCUACACUGACCCGCUGUCCAACCAGGGCAUCCAGGACUGGAGUGGAGCAGACACUGUCCCAUGGAGCUGGUUGACACGGUGGACAGGGGGCUGCGGUGAUGGCACAGUUUGACACUGAAUAUCAGCGCCUGGAGGCCUCCUAUAGUGAUUCACCCCCAGGGGAGGAGGACCUUUUGGUGCAUGUCGCUGAAGGGAGCAAGUCACCUUGGCACCACAUUGAAAACCUUGACCUCUUCUUCUCUCGAGUUUAUAAUCUUCACCAGAAGAAUGGCUUCACGUGUAUGCUCAUUGGGGAGAUCUUUGAGCUCAUGCAGUUCCUCUUUGUGGUUGCCUUUACCACCUUCCUGGUUAGUUGUGUGGACUACGACAUCCUAUUUGCCAACAAGAUGGUGAACCACAGUCUUCAUCCUACUGAGCCUGUCAAGGUUACUCUGCCAGAUGCCUUUUUACCUGCCCAAGUCUGUAGUUCCAGGAUUCAGGAAAAUGGCUCCCUCAUCACUAUCCUGGUCAUUGCUGGUGUCUUCUGGAUCCACCGGCUUAUCAAGUUCAUCUAUAACAUUUGCUGCUAUUGGGAGAUCCACUCCUUCUACCUGCAUGCCCUACGUAUCCCCAUGUCUGCCCUUCCAUAUUGCACAUGGCAGGAAGUGCAGGCCCGGAUUGUGCAGACCCAGAAAGAGCAUCAGAUCUGUAUCCACAAGCGUGAGCUAACAGAACUGGACAUCUACCACCGCAUCCUGCGUUUCCAGAACUACAUGGUGGCACUGGUGAACAAAUCCCUUCUGCCUCUGCGCUUCCGCCUGCCUGGCCUUGGGGAGGUUGUCUUUUUCACUCGUGGCCUCAAGUACAACUUUGAGCUGAUCCUCUUCUGGGGACCUGGCUCUCUGUUUCUCAAUGAAUGGAGCCUCAAGGCUGAGUACAAGCGUGGAGGACAACGGUUGGAACUGGCCCAGCGCCUCAGCAAUCGCAUCCUGUGGAUUGGCAUCGCCAACUUCCUGCUGUGCCCCCUCAUCCUCAUCUGGCAGAUCCUCUAUGCCUUCUUCAGCUAUGCUGAGGUGCUGAAGCGGGAACCAGGAGCCUUGGGAGCACGCUGCUGGUCACUUUAUGGUCGCUGCUACCUCCGCCACUUCAACGAGCUGGAACAUGAGCUGCAGUCCCGCCUCAACCGUGGCUACAAGCCUGCCUCCAAGUACAUGAAUUGCUUUUUAUCACCUCUGCUGACACUGCUGGCCAAGAAUGGUGCCUUCUUUGCUGGCUCCAUCCUGGCUGUGCUUAUUGCUCUCACCAUCUAUGACGAAGAUGUGUUGGCUGUGGAACAUGUCCUUACCACUGUCACACUUCUAGGAGUCACAGUGACUGUGUGCAGGUCCUUCAUCCCAGACCAGCACAUGGUAUUCUGCCCUGAGCAACUGCUCCGAGUGAUCCUCGCUCACAUCCACUACAUGCCUGACCACUGGCAGGGUAAUGCCCACCGCUCGCAGACCCGGGACGAGUUUGCCCAGCUCUUCCAGUACAAGGCAGUGUUCAUCUUGGAGGAGUUGCUGAGUCCCAUUGUCACACCUCUCAUUCUUAUUUUCUGCCUGCGCCCACGGGCCCUGGAGAUUAUAGACUUCUUCCGAAAUUUCACUGUGGAGGUUGUUGGUGUUGGAGAUACCUGCUCCUUUGCUCAGAUGGAUGUGCGUCAACAUGGUCAUCCUCAGUGGCUGUCCGGAGGGCAGACAGAGGCUUCAGUGUACCAGCAAGCUGAGGAUGGGAAGACAGAGUUGUCGCUCAUGCACUUUGCCAUCACUAAUCCUGGCUGGCAGCCACCACGCGAGAGCACAGCCUUUCUGGGCUUCCUAAAGGAGCAGGUUCAACGGGAUGGAGCAGCUGCUGGCCUUGCCCAAGGUGGUCUGCUCCCUGAAAACGCCCUUUUCACCUCCAUCCAGUCAUUACAAUCUGAGUCUGAGCCCUUGAGCCUUAUUGCAAAUGUAGUAGCUGGCUCAUCCUGCCGGGGACCCCCACUGCCCAAAGACCUGCAGGGCUCCAGGCACAGAGCUGAAGUUGCUUCUGCCCUUCGUUCCUUCUCCCCUCUGCAACCUGGACAGGCCCCUCCAGGCCGGGCUCCCAGCACCAUGACAGGCUCUGGAGUGGAUGCCAGGACAGCCAGCUCUGGGAGCAGUGUGUGGGAAGGACAACUGCAGAGCCUGGUGCUGUCAGAAUAUGCAUCCACAGAGAUGAGCCUUCAUGCCCUCUAUAUGCACCAGCUCCACAAGCAGCAGACCCAGACUGAACCUGAGCGGCAUGUGUGGCACCGCCGGGAGAGUGAUGAGAGUGGAGAGAGUGCCCCUGAAGAAGGGGGAGAGGGUGCCCGUGCCACCCAACCUAUUCCCCGCUCUGCCAGCUAUCCCUGCGCUGCAUCCCGGCUUGGAGCACCCGAGACCACCGCCCUGCACGGGGGCUUCCAGAGGCGUUAUGGGGGAAUAACAGAUCCUGGCAUAGUGCCCCGGGCUCCCUCUCACUUCUCCAGGCUGCCCCUAGUAGGGUGGGCAGAAGAUGGGCAGCCAGCAUCAAGACACCCUGAGCCUGUACCAGAGGAGGGCUCGGAGGAUGAGCUUCCCCCUCAAGUGCACAAGGUAUAGAUAAGGCAGAAGAGAGUCCCCAUGCCCCAGGAUGGAGGCGACAGCUGCCCUGCCAUCCCAUCUGCCUGCCAUGGGAGGGCUUCUCUGAGUGUCGCCUGGCUCCAUGUGUGUGGUGUUUGUGUGUCUGUGCCUGGCCAAGGGAGAUGCCAACACUGGGCUUGCUAUAGCCCCAGAAGAAUUUGAGGCCUAGAGACCAGGGGUACACAAGACUUUAGCCUCAUCCCUAGGACUCCCUUGGUUCAGAGUGUGGUGCUAGAAACUGGUCCCCAGCCCAGCCCCAGUACUGCCACCUUUGCACCCACCCCUGCAAGUCUCCAGAGGGUUUCCCACCACAGAAGCUACCAAGCAAGGAGAACUUGUGCCAACUGUGGAGUGGGGAGGUUGGGCCUGAACCCUCAACCCCUGCAGCCACUCCCUCACCUGGAGUAGCUGAGCUGCUCAGGUUGUGGCCCUUGCCUCACCUCCAGUCUGCCCAGUGCUACCACCAGCUCACCUCUCUUCUGCUCCCUGCACAUCACUGGCAUGUACAUGCUGCUUGCUUCUGUUCUGUUCACUUGACCCCCUUUCUGCCUGGCUUCUGCUUUUCGUUGGGGUGAAAGCCCUAGCUCCUAGCUCCCCUCACACUGUUUUUGACACUAAGAUGGAAGGUUUUAACUUGCAGGAACAGGGUGAAAAUCCUUUCCUGCCCUCUCCAACUUUUAGGAUGGGCCCCUGGGAGUGUGAGACCUUCCUGGGCCCCACUGCUGCUUAUUGUACUCCACCUCCCACCACUGCACAUGGGAUGAUAGGACUGGAAUGUGACCUCAACUCUCUACAUCCCAGCAAGAGAACGCUGGCCUGCAUCCCUAGGUCCCCUGGAGGAGGAUGAAGGGAUGAUGGACUUGCCCUAGGCUUUGGGGCUGCCGUAUUGCAUGCUGGAAUUCAGCUCCCACCUUCCACCCCACCCUCACCCAGCUCUGCUCUACUGUGGGAGGUGAACUCUACUGCAGGUGGUGAACUCUGCUGUCUCAGCCCACAGCAAAGUGUGGGAACCGUGUACAGCCUGAUAACCCUUAAUAAAGGGACUUUGACCGGG